AUGGCGACCGUCUCAAGCGUCCACACCCGCUCGCACAGCCUGCUCCUCCUGCAAAAGCUCCUCAACCUGCGCGACGCCGCCAGCCCGCUCACCCUCGUGCUCGACAGCCUGGAGCAGCCCGCGGGGCCGCUCGUCGCCGAGUUUAUUACGCGCGCCAAGAUCUCCAAGACCAAAGUCGUAUUCUUGUCGUUUGCUACGCUCAGGAAACCGCGCGGUGCGGAUGUGCUGGUCAAGGCCGCUGGGCGGGACCUUGCGUCCGUGAGGCGCGAGCUGCUGGCUCACGUACCGGCGUUUGACCCGGCGCAGGCAAAGGAGAAGCCGUCACAGAGAGCCGCCAUUAUUAUGGACUCCGUCAACAACCUCGCGUCCGCAGACGCAGGAUCUCUCGCCGCCUUCCUAUCUAGCAUCCUCACGCCCGCAGUCUCCAUCGUCGCCGUGUACCACGACGACGUGCCCAUCAUCCUGCCCCGGACCUUCAACGAGUAUGAGCCGCACCCGUUCACGGUCCUGAGCCACCUUGCCACCGCCAUCCUGCGGGUGUCGAGCCUGCGGCAGGAGGUGGACCGGCAGAGCGCCCGCAACCGCGCGCUGCAGGAGCCGGAGUGGGGGCUCAAGGAGGAUCGCGAGGGUGUCAUCAUCGGCCUGCGCACAAAGAGCCGCAGAGCCGACGAGGAUGGCCGCGGCGUUGUCAUCGACAUGGAAUUGCGGCGGCGCAGCGGGAGGACUGUCGCCGAAAAGUUCAUCCUGCAGCCCCCGGCCGCCGCCUCACCUGCCACUGGACGUGCGCCCGGGAAGAUCUCCCUGCUAACGGACCACCGCAUGUUUGCGAAGCCCGCAACAGAGGGCGGCGCGGGCGAGGGCGAGGAGGAGCCGGAGAGCACAUUCAACUUGGGUCUUACGGAGAAGCAGCGCAAGGAUAGAGAGGGCAUUGUGCUGCCGUACUUUGAUGCACAGACGGACAUCGGCGCUGGCGAAGGCGGGCGGAUAUUGUACGAGAUGGGGAGGGAGGACAUGGAUGACUUUGACGACGAAGAGGACGAAAUAUAG